ACAUUAUCAAUAAAAUGUCAUUUGCAAUUAGACAAUUAAUAAGGUAUCAUAAUUUCAGGCCGAUUUUAACGACUAAUACCUUUAAAACACCCUUAUUUCCAAUAAAACGCGCAACGAUGAGUUCUGAGGUAGAAAAGGCCCAAGGUGCUACAUUUGACAAUAAACCAACGAUUUUCGACAAGAUCAUCUCUAAAGAAAUCCCUGCUGAUAUUAUUUAUGAAGAUGAUCAAUGUCUUGCUUUUAAUGAUAUUAACCCGCAAGGUCCUGUGCAUUUUUUGGUAAUUCCCAAGAAAAGAAUUCCAAUGUUGGAUAUGGCAGAACCAAGCGAUGCCGAACUUUUGGGACAACUGCUGAUUGUUGCUAAGAAACUUGCCCAGGAAAGGGCUCCAAAUGGGUACCGUUUGGUGAUUAAUAACGGUCCUGAUGGGUGCCAGUCUGUUUAUCACAUACAUAUUCAUAUUGUGGGUGGUCGUCAACUUCGUUGGCCCCCAGGUUAAAAAUAUAUCAAAAAAAGUUUUCAAAUUUCGUUUGUUGUGUUAGUAAAAAAUGAUGGAGGUUAAUAAAUAUAUUAAAAGGAG